AUGGCACACGACAGGGAAGGCGAGGCCAACACCCGGGCUGUGGCCAAGGACAAGGAAGGAUGGGCCAACACCCUGGCGGUGGCCAAGGACAAGGUAGGUGGGGCCAACACCCGGGCGGUGGCCGAGGACAAGAUAGGUGGGGCCAAAACCCGGGCGUUGGCCGAGGACAAGGAAGGCGGAGCCAACACCCGGGCGGUGGCCGAGGACAAGGAAGGAUGGGCCAACACCCUGGCGGUGGCCGAGGACAAGAUAGGUGGGGCCAAAACCCGGGCGUUGGCCCAGGACAAGGAAGGUUGGGCCAACACCCGGGCGGUGGGCGAGGACAAGGAAGGCGGAGCCAACACCCGGGCGGUGGCCGAGGACAAGGUAGGCGGAGCCAACACCCGGGCGGUGGCCGAGGACAAGGAAGGCGGAGCCAACACCCGGGCGGUGGCCGAGGACAAGGAAGGCGGAGCCAACACCCGGGCGGUGGCCGAGGACAAGGAAGGCGGAGCCAACACCCGGGUGGACAAUACCGGCGGCACCUUCCCUGGUCGCUCACUGCUCUCUGGGAUCCCAAGCCAAGAACAAGCCGCAGAAGACUUGCUCCCAGAAGCUCGUCCGUGUUAG